AGAGAUCAUGCAGAUGGAACCCCAUCCUGCGUGGAGAAGCUGGCUAACGAUGCCUUUCUCUGGUCUAACCGCUGCAGCGUUAUUGCUGCUGCUGCUGCUGCUGCUGCUCUCCAUGGCCACCUACACCAUUGCUUGCCUCGAGCAGGAGAGGAGCUCUCUACUCCGGUUCCUUUCUGGGCUGUCGCAAGACGGCGGCAUCGGCAUGUCGUGGCACAAUGUCACCGACUGCUGCAGGUGGGAAGGUAUCACCUGCAGUGGAGAUGGGUUGGUGAUUGAGGUCUCUCUGGCAUCUAAAGGCCUCGAAGGGCAGAUCUCACCGUCGCUGGGAGAGCUCACCGGCUUGUCGAGCCUUAACCUGUCCUACAACUCGCUCUCCGGUGGCCUUCCGUCGCAGCUGAUGCCCUCUGGUACCAUCACUGUCCUUGAUGUCAGCUUCAACCAGCUCCAUGGCAACCUGCAAGAGAUGGAUUCAUCAGUAUCAAACUGGCCACUGCAGGUACUGAAUAUCUCAAGCAACCGGUUUACAGGAGAAUUUCCAUCCAACACAUGGGAGAAAAUGAGAAACCUGGUCGCGAUCAAUGCGAGCAACAACAGUUUUACUGGGCAUGUACCUGCCUCCUUCUGCAUUGGUUCUGCAUCCCUUGCUGUAAUCGACCUCGGCUACAACCAGUUCAGUGGCAGCAUCCCCCCUGGAAUAGGUAACUGCUCUGCCCUUAGAAUGCUAAAGGCUGAUCACAACAACAUCACCGGGGCCCUCCCGGAUGAUCUCUUCGAUGCCACACCAUUGGAGUACCUCUUUUUUCCUAACAAUUAUUUGCAAGGAACCAUUGAAGGUGCACUCAUGAUAAAGCUCAGAAAUCUAGAAUUUCUUGAUCUUGGUGGGAAUAGAUUCAGUGGCACGAUCCCAGACUCUAUAGGCCAGCUGAAGAGACUACAGGGGCUUCACAUGAACAACAACAACUUAUCAGGAGAGCUGCCAUCAUCCUUGGGCGAGUGCACAAAUCUAGUAACCGUCAACCUCAGCAGCAACAGCAGCAACAAGUUUACAGGAGAGCUUGCCAAUGUUAACUUCUCCAACCUGCCCAAUCUGGAAACAUUAGAUUUUUCCUGGAAUAACUUCACUGGCACAAUUCCAGAAAGCAUCUACUCAUGCCGUGAUUUGAAUAGGUUGCGGCUAUCAACCAAUAGGUUUCACGGCCAGUUGACAAAGAAUAUAGGAAAUCUGAAGUCUAUCACCUUGUUAUCUCUUUCCUACAACAAUUUUACAAACAUAACAAAUACCCUUCACAUACUCAGGAGCUUAAGGAACCUCACUGUAUUGUUCAUCGGGGGCAACUUCAAGAAUGAAGCUAUGCCACAGGAUGAAACAAUUGAUGGUUUUGAGAAUAUUCUGGGUCUUGCCAUAGAGCGUUGUGCACUGUCUGGAAAGAUGCCUAAUUGGCUAUCAAAGCUCAGAAAUUUGCAGGUUUCAUGCACCAAGCAGGAGAGGCACUACCUCCUCCGGUUCCUCACCGGGCUGUCACAGGAUGGCGGCCUCGCUGCAUCAUGGAGGAAUAAUACAGACUGUUGUGCCUGGGAAGGGAUCAUCUGUGGAGAAGACGGUGCAGUAACUGAGCUAUCACUGGCUUCAAGAGGUCUACAAGGGGGCAUCUCAUCAUCAUCACUGAGCAAGCUCACGAGAUUGUCGCGACUCAACUUAUCAUUCAACUUACUCUCUGGCCUGCUUCCACCAGAGCUGAUAUCCACUAGCAGCAUCGUCAUCCUUGAUGUCAGUUUCAACCGCCUAGAUGGAGAACUGCAGGAGCUGAAUUCCUCGUCGCCUGACCGGCCACUCCAGGUACUGAACAUCUCAAGCAACCUGUUUACAGGAGCAUUUCCCUCCACCACAUGGGAGAAAAUGAGCAACCUGUUUGCAAUCAAUGCGAGCAACAACAGUUUUACUGGGCACAUACCUUCCACUUUUUGCAUCAGUUCAUCAUCCUUUUCUGUGCUUGACCUUUCUUACAACCAAUUCAGUGGCAACAUCCCUCCAGGGAUAGGUAAAUGCUCUUCCCUUAGAAUGCUCAGGGCUGGCCAAAACAACAUCGUUGGGACCCUGCCAAAUGAUCUCUUCAAUGCCACCUCCCUGGAGUACCUCUCUUUUGCUAACAAUGGUUUGCAAGGAACAAUUAAUGCUGCGCUCAUCAUAAAGCUCAGUAAUCUUGUUUUUCUUGAUCUUGGCUGGAAUAGAUUGAGUGGCAAGAUCCCAAAUUUUAUAGGUCAACUAAAGAGACUAGAGGAGCUUCACAUGUGCAGCAACAACUUAUCUGGAGAGCUGCCACCAUCGUUGGGCAAGUGCACAAAUCUGGUAACCAUCAACCUCAGGAACAACAAGUUAACAGGAGAACUUGCCAAGGUUAACUUCUCAAACCUGCCCAAUCUGAAAAAAAUAGAUUUUGGCUUGAAUAACUUCACCGGCACAAUUCCUGAAAGCAUCUACUCAUGCAGUAAUUUGACUUGGUUGCGACUAUCUUCUAAUAGGCUUCACGGCCAGUUGACAAAGAAUAUAGAAAAUCUAAAGUCUAUCACCACCUUAUCUCUCUCCUACAACAAUUUUACAAAUAUCACAAAUACAGUUCACAUUCUCAAGAGCUUAAGGAAUCUCACUGUCUUGUUAAUUGGGGGCAACUUCAAGAAUGAAGCUAUGCCACAGGAUGAAGCAAUUGAUGGUUUUGAGAAUAUUCUGGCUCUUGCCAUAGAGCAGUGUGCACUGUCUGGAAGGAUACCUAAUUGGUUCUCCAAGCUCCGAAAUUUGCAGGUUUUAGUUUUACGCAACAAUCUACUGAAUGGACCUAUACCAACCUGGAUCAAUAGCCUAAAACUUCUUAGUUAUGUGGACAUAUCCAAUAAUAGACUUAUAGGAGAAAUACCAGUAGCAUUAAUGGAGAUGCCAAUGCUAAAGUCAGAUAAGGUUGCAGAUAACUCAGACCCAAGAACAUUUCCACUUCCGGUUUAUGCAGGUGCAUGUUUGUGUUUUCAGUACCAUACAGCUACUUCUCUCCCUAAAAUGCUGAAUCUAGGUAACAACAAAUUCACUGGUGGGAUCCCCAAGGAGAUAGGUGAGUUAAAAGCACUCCUUUCACUCAACUUGAGCUUCAACAACUUAAACAGAGAGAUCCCACAGUCCAUCAACAAGCUCAAGAAUUUGAUGGUUUUAGACCUUUCACACAACCAUUUGACAGGCACAAUCCCUCCAGCACUGGACAACCUUCAUUUCCUCUCUAAAUUCAACGUUUCGUACAAUGACCUUGAAGGUCCUGUACCAAUUGGAGGCCAGUUCAGCACAUUUCCAAGUUCUAGUUUUGCUGGAAACCCAAAGCUAUGCAGCCCUAUGCUUUUGCACCGUUGUUAUUCAGCAGAAGCAGCUCUGUCUUCCCCAAACUCAACAAAAGAGUACAUCAACAAGGUUGUCUUUGUGAUUGCCUUUUGUGUAUUCUUUGUAGUAGGAGUGCUAUAUGAUCAGAUGGUUCUACCUAGAUGUUUUUUGUUAAACCAGUUACGAUAGAGACAAUCAACAAUAUGUACUGGAU